UAACAUAACCAAAACAAUUCUGAGUAGAAUUUAGUGAUUGUUAGUGAUGAUCAUAGAACUUAGUAGCAGUUUCUUUUAAAUAUACAAUUGAUAGAAUAUAUUUUAUACAAAAAUAGAUAUGACGAGAUUUGCAAGGUCUAAAGGCUCAAAAGCCUCAAAUGAAAGGUUGCCAGAGGAGGCAACUUCUUGGUCGGAAAUGAAAUUACAAAUGCAACAGAUUAAAUCUAAUGCUGAGGAUGACAAGAAGAAGAAGGAAGCUGAUAAAGUUAGGCAAGAGAACUACAAGAAGUUCUUAGAACAGGAAGAACAGGAGAAAAAUUCGGGAGAAAAAUGGGCAGAUUUUUCAAAUAUUAUUAGCAUCACAGCCAAUUCAAACAAAAAUGUUACAAAUACUGUUACUCAAGCUGUUAAACGCAAAGCAGAUGGAGAUGAACAGCCAGAAAAAAAAGUGAAAAAGGUACAGAAAAAUAUUGUUCAGAAUGAUAAAAAAGAGAAGCUAAAUGCAUGUGAAGUUAAGAAAGUACGGGUUGAGAAUGCAAAACCUACAAAAAAGGUAAGUAACAUUAGUCAUGUGAAGCCCCAAGAAAAUGGUAAAAAUAAAGAAGUGAAAUCUAUUCCAAAAGAGAAGGAAGUCAUUGUUGGUCAGGUUGAGAAAACCGGUGCUGGUGUUAAUGAUAAUGAAGAAAAAGUAGUUAAUAAUAAAGAUGACAAUCCUUUGGAUGGUGAUAAUGUUAAGAAAGGCAAGAAGAAACGAAAACGUAAUAAAAAACCCAAACAAGUUAAUGAAGAUGGUAAAGAAAUUACAGAGGCACCUAAAGCUGCAGAGGAUAUUGAAAUAAAUAAAAAGGCUAAGGUAAACAAUAAGAAGAAAGUUAAUAAAUUCAGUAAGGAUAAGAAAGACAAAUAUGAUCCAUAUAAAGUGCAGACUGAUGAUGGUAGGAGUAUAGAGGUGGGAUAUUUCGAUACGUUUAUGAUAAAAAAAGAAGAUGUAGCCAGGUUGAAGGAGCUGAAGAAGAAAAUGAUGGCUAAGGGAAUCCCAAAGAGCGAGAUUAAUGCGGCCCUGAAGCUGGAGCGCAGAAGAGCAGAGAAGGCGCUAACUCGAGAGAGGAAGAAGGUGUGUCUGAAUUGUCGGAAGGGUGGGCACAGUUUGGCUGAUUGUCCGAAGAUGAGUGAAUCUAAUAAGGACGCAAUACCGACGGGUAUUUGCUACAAGUGCGGUUCCACAGAGCACACCCACUUCGAAUGCAAGGUGGUGAAAAACCCGAACGAUUUUAAAUUUGCGACGUGCUUCAUCUGCAAGGAGCAGGGCCACAUAAGCAGGCAGUGCCCUGACAACGCCCGAGGCCUCUACCCUAAAGGCGGCGCCUGUAAAUUAUGCGGGGACGUGACCCACCUGAAAAAGGAUUGUCCGACGCACGUUGCCAAGCAGGAAGCCGACAAUUUCGUCCUCGACACAAUCGGUGGCGGCGACGAUUUGGAGGAGUUAGACAGUCGCUGGAAGCCGCAUAGGAACUUCAAACCUAAAUCCAAGAAAGUCAUCAGGUUUAAUAAAUAAGUGACAUCCA